AUGGCUCCCAUUGUAAUCUCCCAAUUCAGCGUCACCGAUGGCAAAGCCCUAGCCGCCAGCUGCAUCCACCGCUUUCUGGGCCCAUCCGAACUGGGUUCUGGCCUGGCGCCAUUGGACCCUCGAGUACCAUGUUUCACAAAUAGCCUUGCACUUCCCGCGCAACCUGCUGCCCAAACGGGAGACCUGACGACAUCAAAAAGCAGUGGAUGCAGAGACGAAUCGCAUACUUGGCUACGCAAGAUGGUGUAUCCCAUCGUCUUAUGA